UUGUAGACCCAUUGUUAAUUCCUUAUGUUUUAAAAUGAUAUUAAGUAAAUUAUGGACCCACAAAGAAAAGCAGCGGCCGGACCAAUUGCACCAUCUAGUGUGACAGCAGGCCGUAAAAGUUUCGCGGUCACGAAUACUUACAUCAAGAACGUUAAUCCUCAAAAGGAAAUUGUAACAGUCCACACAAGCACCCCGCAUGUUGAACAUAGAUCUUUCCAUAGCGACCAAAAUCAAGUUUAUCAAGGAGAAGUUAACGUGCUUUCAAUUAUAGAUACAAAUAAGGAAAUAAUGUGUUGCAAAUAUACAGAAGAAGCAAGAGAAGUCGCCGCUGGUUUUAUUGAUGGCACUAUAAGAUUAUUUGACUGCAACACAGCUAAUUGUGUACAUACUCUUGUCGACGAUGAGUGUCGUGCGUAUCCUGGACCUGUAACUGCCAUCAAACAUAGACCAGUUAGCAAAGCUCAUCCGAUAACAAACGUAUUGUUAUCAUGUUAUGUUAAUGGAUGUAUAAAAUGUUGGAAAUAUAAAUACGAGCAAUGUUUAUACACCAUACGGGAGAAACGUCAAACACUAGGCUUAUGUUACCAUCCACGUUACAGUAAAUUCGUGACCUAUGGUGACGAUGGGAAACUAAAUAUGUACGACGAAGAAGCACAAACUCAAGAAAGAGCUUUCUAUUCAAGUCUACGCAAAAAUAUAAUGGACGGGCACACAUCAAGAAUAUUCGCAUGUGUCUUUAAUCCUAAAUCACAUCACGAAUUGAUCUCAAGUGGAUGGGACGACACAGUAAUGUGUUGGGACGACAGACAGCCAUAUGCAACACGUUACUUCUCCGGUGUACAUAUGUGCGGCGAAGGUCUAGAUUUUGAUAAACCGGGAAAACAGGUAUUAACAUGCUCUUGGCAAGAUAAAGAUAGCAUUCAAAUCUGGGAUUACGGGUCAUGCAAACUUAUCGAAACAAUAAUGCCGGAUAGCUAUCAGUCCAAACUCUACUGUGGAAAAAUGGUCCCGCAAACUACUUUAAUAGUUUGUGGCGGCACAGAACCUAAUAUCCUACGAGUUGCUGAUAUCAAUAUGAAAAAGACUGAAUGUUCAGUACGAAAUAAUCCUGGCGGUAUAUAUGCCUUUGAUUUUGGAACGAUACGGCGAAAAGCUACUAAAAUACCAGAUACUUACAAAAAAGUUAGUGAAAUACAAAAUAUUCCACGCGUAGCUUUCGUCACUGGAAAACGACUGCAGACUGUAGACUUCGGAUGAAUAUAGCGUUGAUGUGAUUUAUUGCAUUUGUUGUUAUAGAUGAAGGUUACACGCUUUUUUGGGCAUCAGUUAAGAUAAUCCAUAAUUUUGAUCAUGA